CACGUCUAACUGAUCCAUAUUCAUCAAAUUUAAUGGAUUUUUCACCAACUGAUCCAACAUGGCCUGCAUAUAUGAGAUGUAAUCCAAUAUUAAAUUAUUCAUAUAACGAUAUAUGGAUAUUUUUGAGAAAAUUUGAUGUUCCUUAUUGUCGAAUGUAUGAUCAAGGUUUUACAUCUUUAGGUGAUAAAGAAACAACAAUUAAAAAUCCAAAAUUACUAUAUAAAAAUAAUGAUACAGGUUUAAUGGAAUACAAACCAGCUUAUUUAUUAGAAGAUGAGAUCAGCGAACGAGAUGGACGUGUACGAUAA